UCUCUCCGUUGCCAAGCAACACCACCAUGGCGGCGGAGACGAAAAUGGCGGCGACUAUGGAGGAGACGAACAACGAUGCCGCGGCUGUCACGGCGCUGUCAGAACUCACGGCGCUGCUCUCCCCUUCCUCCCCCGCCGCUCCCGAAGCAGCCGAGGCCGCUCUGUCCCUGUCCGGCAGCGCUUCAGGCCGGGCGCUGCUGGCCGCACACCCCGCGGCCUUAUCGGCCUUAUCGGCCUUGGCCGCCAUGGCCUCCUCGGCCUCGCGUGGCGCCCACACCGCCCUGGCCGCGCUGGUGAACGCCAGCUCCGAGCCCGCCGCGCUGGAGCCGCUCCUCGCCGCUCUCCCUUCGCUCCUCCCUCUUUUACCGAGCUCCGGAGGGGUUUGCGGCGUGCUGGCGAACCUGAGCCGCGACGCGGGCGCGGCGCCGCGGGCGGUGCGGGCGCUGGGCCCCGGAGCGGAGCCGCUGCUGCGGGCGCUGAGCGCGGCCCGGCCCCCGGCGGAGCUCGGGGCGCUGCUCUGCAACCUCAGCCAGGCCCCCGAGGGCCGCCGGGCCCUGCUGGAGCGCUCCGGGAUGGUGGUGCGGAGGAUGCUGGCGCUGGUGCGGUACCCGGGCUCGGCCGAGCUGAGGAGGGGAGUGGUGGGAGCGCUCAGGAAUUGCUGCUUCGAGCACGAGCAUCACGAGUGGCUGCUGGGCCCCGAGGUGGAGGCGCUGCCGGCGCUGCUGCUGCCCCUGGCCGGGAGCGAGGAGAUCCCGGAGAGCGACACCGAGCAACUUCCCGUGGAUCUGCAGUACCUCCCCCCAGAGCACCAGAGGGAAGAGGAGCCUGAGAUCAGGAAAAUGCUGCUGGAAACGCUGCUGCUGUUGACAGCCACCAAGGGAGGGAGACUCCAGAUGAGAUCCCAAGGAUGUUACGUGGUGCUGAGGGAGCUGCACAGCUGGGAACAGGAGCCCCAGGUGCUGAACACCUGUGAGAAGGUGAUCCAGGUUCUGAUCGGGGACGAGCCCGAGGCGGGGCUGGAGAAUCUCCUGGAGGUGACAAUUCCCGAGGAGCUGGAGCGGCGCCUGGCGCGGCUGGACGCGGAGGGACAGGGACAGGGACAGCAGGGGACGGCCAGCGCCAGGUGACACCGCGGUGGCACCAAGUGCCACCAUGGUGACAAUGGAGUGUCCCCGAGGAGCCAUCUUGGGGA